GUCAGAUGGGCCACUUAACACAAGAUAAAUUCAUGUAGAGGAAAGAGGCGUUUGAUGAAAUUUGCCAAUUGGAAUGGCGAGGUUCUGCUUGGACGAGGGCACGAGCGGGCGCAAAAGGAGGAAAAGGGGCAGCGAGGAAGACGAGAAUUUGAGGAAGAAGACAUGCGAUCGGGGCGAAGGGGAAUGUUCGGAAGCGGAGGAGGAGGAAUCGUCCGAUGAGGUCGGAGACGAAGUGGACGAGACGGCCGAGGACGGAGGUUUCCGUAGAGGUAAUAAUAAUAAGAAUGGAGAAUUUAACUUUCGGAUUGAUCCAGAAGUUCUCGACUGUUCCAUCUGCUUCGAGCCCCUCCGUCCUCCCAUUUUUCAGUGCAGAAACGGACAUAUUGCAUGCUAUAUUUGUUGUCCGAAGCUCUUAAAUAAAUGUCACGUAUGUUCUCAACCUAUCGGUAACCGGCGGUGCAUCGCACUCGAGAAAGUCAUCGAAUCCAUGUUGAGCCCAUGCAAAUAUGCCAAUUUAGGAUGCAGAGCUGUUCUAUCCUUUGCUGUGAAAGCUGAUCAUGAAGAAUGUUGCGGUCAUGCCGCUCUCUUCUGCCCAAUCAGCAACUGCACAUUCUCUGGCUCAAGAAAUCUUCUCUUCGCACAUGCCAAAAGGAAGCAUGGUAACAUUUCGAUGAAUUUCUCUUACAAUCUAUCUUUCAUGAUUGCUUUGGAAAAGCAUCAACGUUGUAUGAUUCUGCUUGGGGAGGAUGGUCAUUUCUUUCUCCUCAUGAACUGUCAUGAGACCUUUCUCGGGAAUAUUCUAUCUGUGAUCUGCAUGGCUUCGAGCAGUCCCGAGUCUGACGAGUUCUCAUACGAGCUCAGAGUGGAUGGCGGGGGAAGUUCGCUUCGUUUUAGGGCCUCGGCACAGAAUAUGAGGAAGUGGAAUGGUGUUCAGUCUUCCAAGACUUUGCUUGUUGUUCCAGAUGACUUCUUUGCCUCUAGUUCUCAAUUGGUUAUAAGUGCUCGCAUCUAUAAAUCUAUAGGUGUUGUCAAGUAAUGUAAGUCUUCUUUGACUUUUUGUUGCUCAUUAUACUUAGAAGCAUCUGUAACUGAUAGAUAAAUGAGUUUUAUAAUGAUCUAAGCAAUGGAAACAUGAUGAAUUGGUACUUCUUCUU